AUGGCUCCCGAUCUCAACGCCGUCUCCGGCGGAGAACGGUUUGACUACUCUCAGCCCGGGUCUUCGGGUUACCACAUCGACCAGAACGUCACCUGGAACGAUCCCAAGAACCGCAAACUGCGAGUCCUCACGAUCGGAGGAGGCGUGUCAGGCAUCUUGAUGGCGUAUCAAAUCCAGAAGCUCUGCGACAACGUAGACCUCGUGAUUUACGAACGGAACGAAGACAUUGGCGGUACUUGGUUGGAGAACCGAUACCCUGGGUGUGCGUGCGAUAUCCCCUCCCACGCCUACACGUAUCGCUUCGCCCUUAACGCCGACUGGCCGCGCUUCUUCUCCUACUCGCCGGACAUCUGGAAGUACCUCGACAAGGUGUGUAAGACGUUUGAUCUGAGGAAGUACAUGACUUUCCACACCGAGGUCACCGGCUGUUACUGGCAGGAGGAGAAAGGGCAGUGGAAAGUGACGCUCCGCGAGCACCGGCCUAACCAGGAGCCCCGGGACUUCGAGGACUACUGUGAUCUCCUGCUCAACGGCACCGGCAUCCUGAACAACUUCAAGUGGCCCGACAUCCCCGGGCUGAAGGACAAGUUCAAGGGUAAGGUGGUGCACACCGCGCGCUGGCCCAAGGAUUACCAGAAGGAGGCGUGGGAGAAUGACCGUGUCGCUGUUAUUGGAUCUGGAGCCUCGUCGAUUCAAACGGUCCCGACUAUGCAGCCGCAUGCGAAGCACUUGGAUGUUUUCGUUAGGACUGCGGUCUGGUUUGUCCAGAUUGCCAAUAACUUCGGGCAGAACAAGGAGUACGAGCAGAAAGAGAGGGACGAGUUUCGGGACGAUCCCAAAGCUCUCGUUGCGCAUGCCAAAGACAUCGAGGAUCAAGUUAACGGUUUAUGGGGUGCAUUCUACGAUCAAAGCGAAGGCCAGAAGGCGGCACAGGACCUUUUCCGCGAGAGAAUGGCCGAGCAUAUCAAAGACAAACGGCUCCUGGAGGGUUUCACCCCAACUUUCGGCGUGGGAUGUCGCCGCAUCACCCCCGGCGAUCCAUACAUGGCAGCGAUCCAGAAAGAGAACGUAGAUGUGCACUUCACGCCCGUUGCAAGCUGUACAGAAGAUGGUGUGGUGGGCGAGGACGGGGUGGAAAGGAAGUGCGACACGAUCGUAUGUGCGACGGGCUUCGAUGUCUCGUACCGUCCACGCUUCCCCGUUGUGGGCAAAAACGGCAUCGAUCUCAAGGAUAAGUGGAAGAUUUGUCCGGAGGCGUAUUUGGGGCUGGCGGUGCCUGAUUUCCCCAAUAUGAUGCUCUUCGUUGGACCAUCCUGGCCGGUCGAGAACGGGAGUGUUAUGGGGCCUCUUCACACAGUCUCGGAUUACGCGAUCCAAAUGAUCAAGAAGAUGCAAAACGAGAACAUCCGCAGCUGGGUCCCGCGACAAGACAUUACCGACAGCUUCAACGCCCACGUCCAAGAAUGGAUCAAGCAUACCGUGUGGAAGAACGACUGUCGCUCAUGGUACAAGGACAACGAUACGGGUCGCGUCAACGCCAUCUGGCCCGGCAGCAGUAUGCACUACCAGCAAGUCAUUGAAACCCCACGCUACGAGGACUUCGAGAUCCACUACCACAACUCCAACCCCUGGGCGCACUUGGGCAUGGGCUGGACGGUGGAGAAUCGCGCGGGCCCACAAGCGGCGGAUUGCUCGCCGUACUUGAAUUUGAAGAACAUCGACCCGAAGUGGCACGAGGCGAUUGGCGGGGAUGUGGAGGAGUUGAGGAAGCAGGUGGAGGAGAAUGCGAGGAAGGACGCUUUGUAG